CGAGAAUACUGAGCAAGUGUCAAUGUGGGGAUUGGGUUAUUCUAUGUACACUUCAGAGUUCACACCCACUAUUCCCUUCCUCCAGUUUGUCCCUUUUAGAUUGGUUGAGAAACAUUGACGUUGAAGACUAUAAGACUUCAAUUCAUGUUUAAAAGCUCACAAACUGAUUUUCUUCUUUUUAAUUCAAAAGCCCACAAUUACAGAAGAAGUCCUGUACUCCUGUGGACUCUGGCCCUUCCCUUCAGGCGAGCAGGAAAGACUAGUAAUGUUCUUCCUUCAGAGCCUGUUCUCACCAAGUGAUCGUUUCCUGGUUGCUGCAAUGCAAGUGUUAGCAGCACUUUUGAGUCUAAUCAGGCACUGAGAAGAAGCCAUCUGACCAUUGGACCUGUGGGUUUGGCGGGUCAUUUUUCAACUGCAAUCUGGCUGUUGAAACACAUCUUCAAGAAAUGGGGUUUGAAGCGAGCUCUGGCAUUAAACCGCAAGAAGUAAAGUUGCAGGAUUAUACUUUGAACCCAUCGAAGUCCAUGCAAGUAACAAGACACAUGCAUUCAAAAAGUGAUCCAGACGAGAAAGUGAAGGAAGAAAACUUGAACGUUUCCCCUCAAGAUCCGCAUCGUCCAAAGUUGGAUAUGGGACAAGUGAUAGGUGACGACAAAUCCAAGAUGAACAGUUCCCCUAGGACUGGCAUCCAAUGUUCAUUGAAGGAAGAGAUUCUACAGCUUGAAAAACGGUUACAAGAUCAAUUUGUUGUGCGGUGUGCUCUGGAAAAGGCAUUGGGCUAUAGGAGCUCCUCUAGCGAUAUUUCAAAUGAGAACUUAAUGCCAAAGCCUGCCACGGAAUUGAUCAAGGAGAUUGCCACAUUAGAAUUGGAAGUUGUGUAUUUGGAACAAUAUCUUCUCUCGUUGUACCGGAAAGCAUUUGACCAGCAAUUUUCUUCCUUAUCUCCAUCUGCCACGGAUGAAAGAUUAAAAUCACCCUCAUUCACACAGAAAGAGAUGUUUCUAGAAGUUACUGGACCUGAUAUAAGAUCAGAGAGAGAAGAUUUAACAAUUCAAUCUGGUAAUCUGCCAUUGACACAAGAUCCAAUUGCUGAUCCACAGAAGGAAUUUAAUGCUAUUGGGGAUACAGAGAAGUUAUUAGAUUCAGGCAUUCACCGCAGCCAUUCCUCACUAUCGCAACAUACAGCUUCUAGAUCUUCUUCAAUGGAUGCUGUAGCUAAAGCUGUACGAGCAUGCCAUUCCCAACCUUUAUCUAUGGUGGAGGCCGAAAAUGCUACUUCUAAUGUAAUCAGUCUGGCUGAACAUCUGGGUACACGAAUCUCUGAUCAUGUCCCUGAGACACCUAACAGGAUUUCUGAAGAUAUGAUUAAGUGCAUGUCAGCUAUAUAUUGCAAGCUUGCAGAGCCUUCGUUAAUGCAGAAUGGCAUUUCAUCUCCUAUUUCAUCAAUGUCAUCAGUGAGUGCAUUUUCUCCACAUAACCACUGUGAUGCAUGGAGCCCUCGGUGCAGGAAGGACUAUUCUUUUGAUGCACGGUUAGAUAAUCCUUUCAAUGUGGAAGGGUUAAAAGAGUUCAGUGGCCCUUAUAGUACAAUGGUAGAAGUGCCAUUGAUUUGCAGAGAUAGUCAGAAGCUGAGUGAUAUUGAAGACAUGCUACAAAAUUUUAGGUCACUUGUUUGUCGGUUGGAAGAAGUCGAUCCUAGGAGGAUGAAGCAUGAAGAGAAACUUGCAUUCUGGAUUAACAUACAUAAUGCAUUGGUGAUGCAUACAUUUUUGGCUUAUGGUGUUCCACAAAACAACGUGAAAAGAGUGUCUUUACUCCUCAAGUCUGCAUAUAAUGUGGGGGGUCACACUAUAAGUGCUGACACAAUACAGAGUUCUAUUCUGGGAUGUCGUAUACCUCGGCCUGGACAGUGGCUUCGUUUGAUAUUUUCAACAAAAGCGAAAUUCAAGGCUGGGGAUGAUCGCCAAGCAUAUGCAAUUGACCAUCCAGAGCCACUUCUAUAUUUUGCGCUUUGUUCAGGAAGCCAUUCUGAUCCUGCGGUCCGCAUAUACACACCAAAGAGAGUGUUCCAGGAGCUGGAAGCUGCAAAAGAGGAGUACAUUCGUGCUACCUUUGGUGUACGCAAGGAACAAAAAAUCCUUCUACCAAAGAUUGUAGAGUCUUUUGCAAAGGAUUCUGGUUUGUGUCCACUUGGCAUUUUGGAGAUGGUUCAUCAGUGUAUGCCUGAAUCUUUAAGGAAGACCAAGCUCAGGUGUCAGCAAGGAAAAUCUCAUAAGGGCAUCGAAUGGAUUCCUCAUAAUUUUGCAUUCCGGUAUCUGAUAUCCAAAGAACUGGUCAAAUGAUUGCUUACAUUGAUAAAUGCCAGAAUCUUCAUAUCAAGGAAAACACCAUGAUUGUAACUUGUAUGAGUUCAUGAGAGUUGGUUUUUCAAGAUGAAAGCCUUAGUUUUUUUUUUUUUUUAAUUUUUCCUUUUUUCUUGUCUGUACAAACAAAAGAGAAGAUGAAGCAGGAGAUAGGAAGGUAGAAAGGCUGCCUGCAGUUUGUCUUGUCCAAUGUAAUAAUUGUUCUUCUGUAUCAUGUAAUGAGAAGUAUCUUUGUUUUGUAGUUGUGAAAAAGUGUUUUGA